AGACACUCUUCUGCUUCCUGCCUGCUUGCCUCGCUCGCUUGCUUGCUGAGAGAAAGGGAGAGAGAAAGAGAGAGAGAGAGACAUUUAGAGAAAAUCCCUGUCUAGGCAUGGACCUCCAGCUGCAGCACUCGGCAGCUCGCGAGGAAUGACAACAGUUCACAUGGUCAUUAACUCCAGGCGCUGAAGGGAACGCUGCACUGUAGCUCAGUGUCACAGCAGCACCGGUGCCUCCUGUGUUCGGGACAGCAGACAGACAGAGGCUCACAGCAGGACCCAGUGGAACCAGACGACUCCAGACAGAGACCAGUACCUUUACAGGACAAGGCGCACAUUCCCCCCCCCGUGGAUGUAAAUCGACAAGCCUCUGCCAAUGAGCCAGUAUCUAAUUUGGACAGUGCGAGACAAAUAUCGGAAAGUGCCUUGGGAGACGACAUCCUUACUUGAAGAUCCCUCGGGGCUCCUGAAGACCUCCAGGUUUUCCCCCCUCUGCAGUUGUGAUAGGACUUAAACACCCUUGACCUGCUUGUUUGUCCUCUGUGUGAAGAAACCCCAAGUGAAGCGUUGGAGCUACUGCACUGCUGGCCAACGUGCCAAAGCUCGGGGAGCGGAGGUACAGAAGACUUUAACAGAAAGCCACACAUUUAGUGUCCUGUGCAUCGAAAAUUUGCUCUACGUUUUGCUCCCAAACAUCCACCGUUGCACAUCAUUAGUCAUACAAAGGUCAUUUUUGGGGACGUUGGUCCUACUGGUAGAGAUUGUCCCUGAUUAUGCCCCCUUGGCCUUGUCAGAGGUCUGCACCCGAGACGUACUGAUUGAAGAACAAUUAUCUAAGUGACUGAUAAACUCCCAAACAGCAGCGCAGUCCCAUGCUCCGGUCACAGAGACUUUGCCAGUCCAUUACCUCCACUCUCCUGUCCACAAGGACAAGCCUGACCCGCUGACCUGAAGCAGAUCUUUUAUAGCUGCAUGUUCCAUCAGUUUUAGUUGUUGUGCGUUUUAUUUUUUUUAACUGGAACACUCUGCAACGCCUCCUCAGAGGAUCGCCUCGUUUUAGAAACCAAGUGGCCCCGCUCCACCCGGCUCCACAGCCACUGCUGCUGCUGCUGCCAUGGCUCUAAACAUUGCCUCGAUACGGGACACAAAAUGGCUGACCCUGGAAGUGUGCCGGCAGUUUCAGAGAGGGACUUGUUCACGCAGCGAUGAGGAAUGCAAAUUUGCCCACCCACCCAAAAGCUGCCAGGUGGAAAAUGGGAGGGUGAUCGCCUGUUUUGACUCGUUAAAGGGCCGUUGCACACGAGAAAACUGCAAAUACCUCCACCCGCCCGCUCACCUGAAGACCCAGCUGGAGAUCAACGGGCGAAAUAACCUGAUCCAGCAGAAGACAGCGGCGGCCAUGUUGUCUCAACAGAUGCAGUUCAUGAUCCCCGGCACCACCAUGCAACCCAUGCAGACGUUUCCAAUGAGCCAGGGCCUUGGAUCCGGCGGUUUGAGCUACGCCCCCUACCUGACCCCCAUGUCCCACAGUAUGGGCCUGGUGCCCACAGACAUCCUUCCCAGCAGCCCCUGCAUGGUUCCCGGCAGCCCGCCCAUCUCCAUGAGCGGCUCUUCCUCCAACCAGAAACUGCUGCGUACCGACAAGCUGGAGGUGUGCCGUGAGUUUCAGCGAGGCAACUGCGCCCGCGGAGAGACCGACUGCCGCUUCGCCCACCCGAGCGACAGCCCCAUGAUCGACACCAGCGACAACACGGUCACCGUCUGCAUGGACUACAUCAAGAGCCGAUGCUCCCGCGAGAAGUGCAAGUACUUCCACCCCCCCGCCCACCUGCAGGCCAAGAUAAAGGCCGCCCAGCACCAGGCCAACCAGACAGCUGUGGCCGCGCAAGCCGCCGCCACGGCUGCAGCCAUGACUCAGUCGACUGCCAAAGCAAUGAAGCGACCCCUCGAGGCAACUGUAGACCUGGCGUUCCCCCACGGCAUCCUCCAGCCCCUACCAAAGAGACAAGCGAUGGAGAAGUGUAACGGCUCGCUGUUCAACCCCAGUGUUUUGCACUACCAGCAGGCCCUGGCCAACGCACAGCUCCAGCAGCCCGCUUUCUUUCCCACAGGGUCAGUCUUGUGCAUGACACCUACUAGCGGUCUUGUCCCAAUGAUGUACAGUGCUUCGCCUGCUACUGUCUCUGCAGCAACAACUCCUGCCACAAGUGUCCCCUACGCAGCAACAGCACCAGCCAAUCAGGUUUGCUCCUUUUAAAGCUUUCUUUCAUCAGUCCCUGGAGCUCUGAAUAAGUACUAGCCUCUAAUAGUCGGCUGCAAUAACCUGCAGCUGAGCCCCCCCCCCUCCUCAACCAAACAUCCGCCCGCACUGGGCAUGAGAGCCUGUAUUUUCCAGAGCUACCGUUGCUCAUAUUUCUUGUAAAACAUCACAACAAGCACUUCUUCAGAGCUCCCACAUUUGCAGAGUAGUAUUUGUGUUGCACUACUUCCUGGUUUUGUUUUGCAUGUUCUGUUUUAAGUUUCCACUUUUCUCGUUGUUGUCAAAUAAGCCUCUUCAUCUGCAAUAGAGGGCAUCAUCUGUACUGCUUGUGUGCUAAGCAAACACACAUGCUUAAGCAAACACAUACAGGCCAUGUUGGAUUUUUCCACCCACUUCACCUUUUUACCUUUUUCUGGACGCGGGAUAAAAAGGGCGAAUAAAUCAUGUGAGGGAACGAUAGUGUCAGAGUGAGACAGACACAGGAAAAAUGAUCACAGAGGCUGUCUAAAAAUGGCCUCUGAUCGGCUCUCCUGUUGCUGCGUGUCAGCAGGAGCAAGGGAAGCAGGGCCAGGUUUGAAUGCCACAGUGACGCAUGCGUGGAAAUGUCUGCACAAUGCUUGCGCCCCGGCCUCACGCAGCUGGUAAUCAUUUACUGGUAGUACGCUAUGUAGAGGUGCCUUGAGGACACGCAGAUGAACAGAUUAGAAGUGUUCCACAGGUACACAUGUGCCAUUACUGGAAAACAACCACACUAUCAGCGGGGGAAGAAUUGGCCACAUUUGUAUCAUUGUUUGUCAGAGGCAGUUGGGAUGAGUAUAAAUUGACUUUAAUGUAUUCAUUUUAUUCAAAAACAAAUGCAAGCAUGAUGGAGACAUGUGAAAUGGCACAC